AAUUUGGCGUCCACAAAAUCGACGAAGGCAUCGACGUCGGCCAGAAGCAGCAGUCAGGCGGCGGUCCAUCAAACAUCCUGGGACUGACGCUGAUUGAUGGGGAUUUGGUUGCAUCCAUGGUGCGGUGUAGAUCGGUGUAGAUCGGCUGUCCAGCGGCAAAAUCGCCAGCCGACCGCCAGAUGCAAGGCAACCUCAACGGCGGUAGUGCUUCUGCGCACACCCUCAGCAUUGUGUGAGCCCUGUGCAUAGUCGGUUGCUGCGCUCGGCCAAAGAUGGCUGGGCCGCGUGAACCACUAAUGCUUUGCAGUCACUUCUUCGAGAGCCGACAUAUUCAAACAAGUGAUCCCGCUAGCUUCCUGGACGCUUCGAGAUGGGUGAUGCAUGCCAUGUUCCAUUGCAAGAAUUACUCCAAACAACGACCGGUCGAUGGUCAUGCUUGCGCCGAGCCUGUAUGCGCUUGCUGCCUUCGAAGAAGACCUUCAUGUUCGAGAACGGAAAGACGGAUGGGUCGAUGCGCUGCAUCAACGGUGACAGGUCCAGCCUGCGCUUGUCAUUGUGUGGUUGUGGUAACGGCAUGUUGCUCAAAAGAGUUUGCAGUUCGUUGGCAGCAUCAAUAUCCAUAUCGACGUCCAUGUGGAGGAGGAUGGUAAGGCGGGACGAUUCGGACGUCACUCGAGCAAGCGUGGCCCUGGAGAUGCCUUAGCUCUAUCAAAACAACAUGGAUGAUUCACAGUGCCAUACCACACACAUUUGCUUUCAACCACAGCGUUGGGCGCGCGAGGACCACUCAAUUCGUCGUCGAGCACCGUUCGGGCGAUGUACACAUGCCGAUCUCGCUCGACAUAGUGCUUCCGAAUCAAGUUCGAAUGCCACGAUGUAUGGCCGUCCAACGUCGUGGAAUAUCGACCGUACACUGUGUCUGCGUCGACCUCUUCCAGCUCCUACCCGGCAGCUUUUCAGCGUGCUUCGCUA